UAACGCUCUCACGAGAGUGAUCUCUCUUUUGUGUUGAUGUCCAGGAUUUUCCUUUUGGUUUUCCGUCUGCCAUGUAUUUGAUAAAAAUUACAACGCUAAAAUAAUUUUAUUUUGAAUAAGAUUAGCAUAAAAUGGAUGUAAAAGAACUGACGCAGAUUCUUCGAGAUCAACUCACUCAUUUGCUAGAGUCGACGCCCGACAAAAAGGACCUUGUGAUUGAUCCUGACCUUACAAAACCACUUGAUCGUGUUGCAGGCAUUGGUUUCCUCAGGGAACAUGGUGAUAAAAUCUACAAAUUGGAGGCAACACUAAAUCCCUUGCAAAGCUCACUUAAGCGAGUUUACCUUGUGAGGGCCAGCCUACUUAAUAUGAAAUAUAUUGCUGAUCACAUCACAGCUGAGAGGAAGCAAGGAAAUAUUCGGGAUUAUACAGUCAUCAUGGUUCCACGUAGAUUGCAUGUUUGUGAGUUGAUCCUGGAGAAUGAAGGUGUUCUUGGUCAUAUUACCUUGGAAGAGUUCCACCUGCAUCUUUUUCCUUUGGAUACAGACCUGCUUUCAUUAGAAAUGCCUGAUAUUUUUAAAUCUUUUUAUUUGGAUGGUGACCUCACCCAUAUACACACUGUAGCUUCCUCUCUUGUCACAUUGCAACACCUUUAUGGCUGGAUACCAAAUAUACACACUAUUGGCAAAGGAUCAAAGAUGGUCUAUGACAUGAUGCAGGCAAUGCAGGAAGAAGAGCAAAAGCAAGAAGCAAAAUUCCACAUUGGGUAUCUCUUCAUCAUAGAUAGAGAUGUUGACUACAUCACACCCUUAUGCUCCCCUAUGACAUAUGAAGCUUUGCUGGAUGAAUCUUUUGGGAUUCAGUGUGGUGUCAUAGAAUUCAGUGCUGAGGUUUUGGCAAAACCAAAGAGUGUCAAGAUUCUUUUAUCGAGCCAGGAUCCUAUUUAUGUUGAAAUAAGAGAUCGACAUUUUUCAAGUGUGUUUCCAUUUCUUGGUGCAAAAGCAAAGGAGCUUAAAACCAUUUAUGAGAAAAAAAAUGAUUUAAAGACAGUGGGUGACAUGAAGAACUUUGUCUCCCAAGAUCUGGGUCGCCUAAAGGAGCAUCAGACAACACUUUCUUAUCAUAUCAGUGCCUGUGAAUACAUCAUGAAGAUGAAGACACAACUUGACUUUGAAAGCUACAUUCGUACAGAACACAGCUUGCUGGAUGGAACAGAUACAAAAGACUGCAUUGCUUAUAUUGAAGACUGUAUCUACAAACAGGCACCCCACCUGACCACCUUGCGCCUGCUGUGCUUGCUGUCAUUGACACAAGAUGGAUUAACGCCGCGUGAAUACAAAUCUCUCAAGACAGACUUUCUUCAUAGCCACGGCUUUGAGCAGCUAGUGACGUUUUUCAAUCUGAAGAAGCUGGGUUUGCUGGUGGAACAGAGCUCAGGCUCAAAGGUCACGGCAGUGGUUACCCGUCGCAGUCAGUUCCGACAGCUAGCUGGCAGACUGAGCCUGGUUCCGAAGUCAGGUGAGGAGGUGAACCUAAAGGAACCAGACAAUCUAGCUUACGUGUACGGAGGAGCCUACUCCCCGCUCACCGUUCGGCUAGUGGAAUAUAUUCUACUGCAUGAGAGUUUACAGACGUACGAGGACUUGGGGCGACAGAUUGCUGGCGGUAUCUACAGUGAUGUCAAGUACAGGACAACCAGCAAAGCGACUGGGAAAGCGAGUCUCUCUCCGGCGUCUAGAAAUGCCAUGAAAACGGUUCUGGUCUAUUUUUUGGAGGAUGCACUUUCUCAGAGGUAGCAGCACUUCGAUUUAUUGCCCAGAAACAAAACCUGAACAUCAUCGUGUGCACUACGUCCAUCCUGACUGGCCAGUCACUGCUGGAGCAAGUCAGCGAGAAGAAGCCAAUCUAGAGGUCCGGACGUCUGUUCUUCACAUCGCUCUCACUGCUGCCCUUACACCUUUCCUUUUUUUUCAUUCAUUCCUUUUUCUGUUACAUUUAUUUAUAUCGAAAUUAAUUUCCUCGAAGUUGCUGUGUUCCGCUAGUCGCUGCGCCCAUUACGAAACUCUGUGCGCAUGACAACCCGUUGUUUACACUGCCUGAUGCUGCAACGCUGAUCGUGAGGUGUGUGGGGUGGUAACAGUGGGAAACCAUUUGACAGUAGCCUACGGGACCCUCGUGGGCAGCGAGUGUGGGACGAGAGGGUGGGAUGGGGGAGUAAGUAUUUGGUUGACACUUGUGCAAUAGCCGGAGCGGUGGUGUCGUCAGCUUUUACCACAAGAACACCAGUGAACGAUGCCUUGACUGAGUGAUAGUGAGUGGCCUGAUGUCUGCGAGAUUUCGAACCACUGUGACGCGUCUAAGCUGUGUUACGUGCCUCGAAACACUGUGACGUGUCUUGAAGCCUUUGCUCUGGAAUUUUGUCACAUAGGUUGCUGUGGCCGUAGGUUAUCGUCAGGCUACUCUCACCAAAUCAGUGUUAUCAUUAUUGGUACAAAGACCCCCAUAUUUUAGAGCUAUAUACAAAUAUUGAUUGUAUCUGAGCAUCAAAAUAUUUUUUUAUAAAAACCCAGGUUGGUUAAGUAUCACCAAUGUACAUUUAAGAUUUCAAAAGUUUAUAAAAGUUUUUACCUCUUCUCUUUGCCUUUUCAGCUAUGCAUUUCUAAUGCGCGUUAGAAAACACCUUGUGUAGAAUACUACACUCAAAUAUUUAUAGGCAUUCACUAUUUUUGUAAGAAAAGUGCCAAAGAACCAUUUUUCUUCACAAGAUAUAAAACUACCUUUAUGAAAAUAAUGACAUUCGAUUUAUCUCUAUAUACAGCAAAGUAUAAAGACUGAGAACUGGUAAAGAAUGUUUAAUUGCUUUUGCAGUCAUCGUCAAAAAAACAUAAAUAAAAAGUGAAAUAAAUAGCUAAGGUCUGGGGUCAGCAGAAUGCAACCUGUGGCUAUUCUAGUCUUGCGGAGCCUGUAUCUAAUGCUUGUCUUUGCAUUGCAAAUAUAAGGAAACGGCCGGUUUCAUUACAUAUCACAUCAUUGGGUGUGCGGGGGCUAACAUUUAGUAACAUUUAUUUCAGUGAGAACAAGUGUACCAUCCAAAGUUCACACAUACCCCAGACAUUAGAGGCGUUCAGUAGAAUAGGUCUAUUUUGGCUAUUAAACACUUCACAAACGAUGAAGUUGUAAAGUUUCCGAGUUGAAACUUUAUAUAUUUUAAUAACUCCUCUAAAGACUUUGGUUGUAAUAUUGCUUCCUCAGUUACGAAAAAACA